GAUUUUGUCGUGCGGGUAGCAGAACAGCCGGAAUCGUCCAAUGCCGGUAUGUGAAAUUUGGGAGCAGUGUGAAAGGUCAGUGUUCGAAAAUGGACUCUGUGCCAUUUUCUUAAAUAUGUUUCAGCUAACCGAGCGAGUGCCCUGCAAGGGAAUGACGCUGGACCGGGCCCUUCACUUCAAGGAUAUGAAGCCGGAACGGAACCGAUGGAAGUGGCCGACAAUCCCCAACCGCAGAGUGACAGCGAUGACGACAGUGUGGUAGCUGAAAGCAUCGGUGGGGACAGUGUUCCCGACGACAGCGAUCCCGGCAUCGAGACAUCGGCGCCAGAUAAUCCUUUCGGAUCAUUGUCCUAUGAGGACGGGUUGAGGCUGUGGGCAUUAAAAACCGGCCAAACACACAGUGCCUUAAACCUCUUGCUGGGGCAUUUGAGGCAGCACGAUCCGGGCAGGAAAUUGCCCCGGGAUGCACGGACGUUCCUGAACACGCCCGUGGCAAGAUCCACACAGUCCGCGAUUACCUCUAUCUCUGGUGGAGAGAUAUGGUACCAGGGCAUAGAAACAUGCCUUCGGUCCUAUUUUCGAUACACGCAGCCUGCCGUAGAGCGCUUUGAGGUCGACUUUUUUGUGGACGGUCUUCCGCUUUACAAAAAAGUCACAAUUCUGGCCCAUCCUCAUGGGCAUCCACAACCUGCCUAA